AUGCGACCGGAAGUUGAACAGGAACUUGCUCAUACCCUGCUGGUUGAGCUUCUGGCUUACCAGUUCGCCUCACCGGUGAGAUGGAUUGAGACCCAAGAUGUUGUUCUCGCAGAACAGCGAACAGAACGAAUCGUCGAAAUCGGCCCGGCAGAUACAUUGGGUGGCAUGGCAAGGCGAACGAUUGCAUCGAAAUAUGAAGCAUAUGACGCCGCAACAUCAGUGCAGCGCCAAAUACUCUGCUACAACAAGGACGCCAAGGAAAUAUACUAUGAUGUGGAUCCUAUAGAGGAGGAACCGGAAGUUGAAGCAGCACCUGCAUCCAGCGCUCCUGCCCCUGCUGCUCCGGCGGCCGCGGCAGCACCCGCAGCCGCUUCGCCACCACCUGCUAGCGCUGGCCCGGCAGCAGCAGUUGAGGACGCCCCGGUAACGGCGGUUGAUGUUCUUCGCACUCUGGUAGCACAGAAAUUGAAGAAGGGCCUGUCAGAUGUACCCCUGAGCAAGGCUAUCAAGGACUUGGUAGGAGGUAAAUCGACAUUGCAAAAUGAAAUCCUCGGAGACUUGGGUAAGGAAUUCGGAUCUACACCAGAGAAACCAGAAGACACUCCUCUCGAUGAGUUGGGCGCAUCCAUGCAAGCGACUUUCAACGGUCAGCUGGGUAAACAGUCUUCCUCUCUCAUUGCUCGCUUGGUGUCAUCCAAAAUGCCUGGAGGUUUCAAUAUUACAGCUGUCCGGAAAUAUUUGGAGACACGAUGGGGCUUGGGAGCUGGCAGACAAGAUGGUGUCCUUCUUCUUGCUCUGACGAUGGAGCCUGCCUCUCGUAUCGGAUCCGAGCCUGAUGCGAAGGCGUAUCUUGAUGAUGUCGCAAAUAAAUAUGCCGCGAGUGCCGGCGUCAACCUCUCUGCCCCGACAAGUGGCGGUGACAACGGAGGAAAUACCGGAGGCAUGCUUAUGGACCCCGCUGCUAUCGAUGCUUUGACCAAGGAUCAACGAGCCCUCUUCAAGCAGCAGCUAGAGAUAAUUGCACGGUACUUGAAGAUGGAUCUACGUGCUGGUCAGAAGGCAUUCAUCACCUCUCAAGAAACCCAGAGAACGCUGCAGGCCCAGCUGGAUUUGUGGCAGGCUGAACACGGUGAUUUCUACGCCUCCGGCAUUGAACCGGCCUUUGACUCGUUGAAGGCACGUGUAUACGACUCCUCCUGGAACUGGGCUCGACAGGAUGCCUUGAGCAUGUACUACGAUAUUAUCUUCGGCAGACUGAGGGUGGUCGAUCGCGAGAUUGUCAGCCAAUGUAUCCGCAUCAUGAACCGCUCAAAUCCCCUUCUUCUUGAAUUCAUGCAAUAUCAUAUCGACAACUGCCCAACUGACAGGGGUGAAACCUAUCACCUUGCCAAGGAACUGGGCCAGCAGCUCAUCGAAAAUUGCAAGGAAGUCCUGGGUGUAUCCCCCGUUUAUAAGGACGUUGCCAUCCCUACCGGCCCCCAGACAACUAUAGAUGCACGGGGAAAUAUCGGGUACCAGGAAGUUCCUCGAGCUAGCGCUCGCAAGCUGGAGCACUAUGUCAAGCAGAUGGCAGAGGGUGGUCCCAUUUCAGAAUACAGUAACCGGGCCAAGGUGCAAAACGACCUUCGAAGCGUUUACAAGUUGAUCAAACGACAACACCGCCUAUCGAAAUCGUCUCAGUUGCAAUUCAACACGCUCUACAAGGAAGUGAUCCGCGCUUUGAGUAUGAACGAGAACCAGAUCAUGCCACAAGAAAAUGGCAAUACCAAAAAGUCUGGCCGGAACGGUCUCAAGCGCAAUGGAAGCCCACGUACAGGCAAAGUUGAAACGAUUCCUUUCUUGCACCUGAAGAAGAAGAUGGAGCACGGUUGGGAAUACAACAAGAAGCUUACGGGUGUUUAUCUCGAUGUCAUGGAGUCGGCUGCUCGAUCUGGACUGACAUUCCAAGGAAAAAAUGUUUUGAUGACAGGUGCUGGCGCCGGCUCGAUUGGAGCUGAAGUCCUGCAAGGCCUGAUCAGUGGCGGGGCCAAGGUCGUCGUGACAACCAGUCGAUACUCCCGUGAGGUUACCGAGUACUACCAGGCAAUGUACGCCCGCUACGGGGGUCGUGGCUCGCAAUUGGUUGUGGUCCCUUUCAACCAAGGAAGCAAGCAGGACGUGGAGGCUCUUGUUGAUUACAUCUAUGAUCCUAAAAAGGGCCUUGGCUGGGACUUGGACUUCGUCGUCCCGUUCGCGGCAAUUCCUGAAAAUGGCCGCGAGAUUGACUCGAUCGACUCUAAAUCAGAGCUCGCUCAUCGCAUCAUGUUGACCAACCUCUUGCGACUGCUGGGCUGCAUCAAAUCUCAGAAGCAAGCUAACGGCUUCGAGACUCGCCCUGCCCAGGUCAUCUUGCCCUUGUCUCCCAACCACGGCACCUUCGGAAAUGACGGCUUGUAUUCCGAGUCCAAGCUUGCUUUGGAAACACUAUUCAACCGCUGGUAUUCCGAGAGUUGGAACAAUUACCUGACUAUCUGCGGUGCCGUAAUUGGUUGGACUCGUGGUACUGGAUUGAUGAGUGGGAAUAACAUGGUCGCCGAAGGGGUUGAGAAGCUUGGCGUCCGUACUUUCUCUCAGCAGGAGAUGGCUCUCAAUCUCCUUGGUCUGAUGGCGCCUGCGAUUGUCAACCUCUGCCAGCUUGAUCCAGUCUGGGCGGAUCUCAACGGUGGUCUUCAGUUCAUUCCUGACCUCAAAGGCCUCAUGACCAAACUCCGCACAAAUAUCAUGGCAACAAGCGAUGUUCGGCAAGCAGUUAUCAAGGAAACAGCUAUUGAGAACAAGAUUGUCAAUGGCGAGGACAGUGAAGUGCUCUACAAGCGCGUCAACGCAGAGCCGCGUGCCAAUAUCAAGUUCCAGUUUCCCAACUUACCCGACUGGGAUGAGGAUAUCAAACCCCUCAAUGAGUCUCUCAAGGGCAUGGUUAACCUGGACAAAGUCGUCGUCGUCACUGGCUUCUCAGAAGUUGGACCCUGGGGAAACUCACGGACACGUUGGGAAAUGGAAGCGCAUGGAAAGUUCUCUCUCGAGGGAUGUGUUGAAAUGGCUUGGAUCAUGGGGCUUAUCAAACAUCACAACGGCCCACUAAAGGGGAAGGCCUAUUCUGGCUGGGUUGACUCGAAGACUGGUGAACCGGUGGACGAUAAGGAUAUCAAGGCCAAGUAUGAGAAGUUCAUUCUCGAGCAUUCGGGUAUUCGGCUUAUUGAGCCCGAGUUGUUCAAGGGUUAUGAUCCCAAAAAGAAACAACUGCUCCAAGAAAUCGUGAUCGAGGAAGAUUUGGAUCCGUUUGAGGCUUCAAAGGAGACUGCAGAGGAGUUCAAGCGCGAGCAUGGCGACAAGGUAGAAACCUUCGAGGUCCCCGAAUCAGGAGAGUUCACUGUCCGUCUCAAGAAGGGGGCUACUCUCCUCAUACCGAAGGCUCUCCAGUUCGACCGUCUCGUUGCUGGACAAGUUCCAACCGGUUGGGACGCGAAGAGAUAUGGUAUCCCCGAUGAUAUCAUUGAGCAAGUCGACCCGGUCACGUUGUUCGUUCUCGUGUGCACUGCGGAGUCUAUGCUUUCAGCGGGUAUCACCGACCCGUACGAAUUCUACAAGUACGUUCAUCUCUCGGAGGUCGGUAACUGCAUCGGUUCUGGUAUCGGAGGAACACAUGCCUUGCGGGGGAUGUAUAAGGACCGCUACCUGGACAAGCCUCUCCAGAAAGACAUCCUCCAGGAAUCUUUUAUCAAUACCAUGAGUGCGUGGGUCAACAUGCUCCUCCUGUCCUCCACAGGACCUAUUAAGACGCCCGUUGGUGCUUGUGCUACGGCCGUUGAGUCCGUUGACAUCGGUUAUGAGACGAUCGUGGAAGGAAAGGCUCGCGUCUGUUUCGUCGGUGGCUUUGACGAUUUCCAGGAAGAGGGCUCAUAUGAAUUCGCCAACAUGAAGGCUACCAGCAACGCGGAGGACGAAUUCGCCCACGGUCGCACUCCGCAGGAAAUGUCUCGACCAACGACAACUACUCGUGCUGGGUUCAUGGAAUCACAGGGCUGUGGAAUGCAGCUCAUCAUGAGUGCACAGCUUGCCUUGGACAUGGGUGUGCCUAUUCAUGGUGUCAUUGCCCUGACAACCACAGCUACGGACAAGAUCGGUCGCUCGGUUCCUGCUCCAGGCCAGGGUGUUCUUACCACUGCCCGUGAGAACCCCGGCAAGUUCCCUUCGCCUUUGUUGGAUAUCAAGUACCGCCGCCGACAGCUGGAUUUGCGCAGGAAACAAAUCAAGGAGUGGCAGGAAUCUGAAUUGCUGUAUCUCCAGGAGGAGAUUGGGGCCAUGGAGUCCCAGAGUCCUGACUCUUUUAACGUGUCUGAAUACAUGCAGGAGCGAGCCCAGCAUAUUGAACGCGAGGCCAUACGCCAAGAAAAGGACGCACAAUUCAGCCUUGGAAACAACUUCUGGAAGCAGGAUUCCCGCAUCGCUCCCCUCCGAGGUGCUCUUGCUACGUGGGGUCUCACCGUUGAUGAUAUUGGUGUUGCUUCCUUCCACGGCACCUCCACCGUCGCAAAUGAUAAGAAUGAGUCCGACGUCAUUUGCCAGCAGAUGAAACAUCUGGGCCGUCAGAAAGGCAACGCUCUCCUGGGUAUCUUCCAAAAGUACCUCACGGGACAUCCGAAGGGUGCGGCGGGCGCGUGGAUGUUCAACGGAUGCUUGCAGGUUCUGGACAGCGGUCUUGUUCCGGGUAAUCGCAACGCUGAUAAUGUUGACAAGGUGAUGGAGAAGUUUGACUACAUCGUCUACCCCAGCCGCAGCAUUCAGACGGAUGGAAUCAAGGCAUUCUCGGUUACUUCCUUCGGUUUUGGCCAAAAGGGCGCUCAGGUCAUUGGUAUUCACCCGAAGUAUUUGUACGCAGCCUUGGACCGCACCCAAUUCAAUGCCUACAAGACCAAGGUUGAGGCCAGGCAGAAGAAGGCAUACCGUUUCUUCCAUAACGGCUUGAUCAACAACAGUAUCUUUGUCGCCAAGAACAAAGCGCCGUACGAAGAUGACCUCCAAAAUAAGGUCUUCCUCAACCCCGAUUACCGUGUUACCAUGGACAAGAAGACCUCCGAGUUGAAAUUUCCCUCAGCACCUCCCAAGCACACCGAUGCAGGGGCCGAGAGCACAAGACAGAUGGUCGAGUCCUUGGCGAAGGCCCAUGUCGUUGACAAUUCGAAGAUCGGAGUAGAUGUGGAGAAUCUCGAGGCCGUUAACAUUGACAAUGAAACGUUCGUUGAGAGAAAUUUCACUGCCAAGGAGGAACAAUAUUGCCGCCAGGCAGCAUCUCCCAGGGCUUCUUUCGCUGGACGGUGGAGUGCAAAGGAGGCUGUUUUCAAAUCGCUCGGCGUUUCCAGCAAAGGCGCUGGGGCUCCACUGAAAGACAUUGAGAUCGUGAAUGACGCAACCGGGGCACCCGUGGUCAAUCUCCAUGGCGCUGCAGCCGAGGCCGCCCAGCAGAAUGGCGUCAAACAGGUUACUGUCAGCAUAAGCCAUACCGAUUCUCAGGCUGUUGCGGUUGCGGUGUCAAAAUUUUAA